UCACACGAGCCGUUCGCGUGCAGUGGCAGAUAUAAAUAAGACCCGGCAAAGAAUACGAUCAGUCGGUACAUUGACAGGCUUGUUGUACGCUCAGAGUCAGCCACAUCCUUAUUACUGACUCUUCACCGGGCCACACUGACCGUUAAAAGGGUACUCAUCUCAACACAGUAUUGGGGAAAAAAAUAACAAUUCAGUAUAUUUUCAACUAUAAACUGGGAUUUUCUAUUCCAAAAGGACGAGGAUAGAGAAAAUUGGUACCUAAGAUCACAUCUUCCCUGACAACGUUUUUUGUGGGAGCUGACAAACAAGGAUUCGUGGCGUCUAUUUGUUGAUAAGUGUGUGGGAUACUGCCGCCAGAAGAUGCCAGCCGAUAUGAUGGAGAAAAACAGCUCCUCGCCCGUUGCUGCCACUCCGGCAAGCAUGAACACGACUCCCGACAAACCGAAGACGGCUUCGGAGCACAGAAAGUCUUCUAAACCAAUUAUGGAAAAGCGAAGAAGAGCAAGAAUCAACGAAAGCUUGGGCCAGCUGAAAACAUUGAUCUUGGACGCACUGAAAAAAGAUAGUUCCAGACACUCAAAACUGGAAAAAGCGGACAUUCUUGAAAUGACAGUAAAGCACCUCCGCAACCUACAGAGAGUGCAGAUGACUGCUGCCCUGAAUACAGAUCCCUCUGUUCUUGGCAAGUACCGAGCGGGAUUCAGCGAGUGUAUGAAUGAAGUCACGCGGUUCCUAUCCACCUGCGAAGGGGUUAACACCGAGGUCAGAACGCGGCUCCUCGGGCACUUGGCCAGCUGCAUGUCGCAAAUCAACGCCAUCAACUACUCCACCCAGCACCAGAUCCCCGCCGGCCCACCUCAUCCGGCGUUCAGCCAGCCCAUGGUGCAGAUUCCCGGCGCUUCUCCGCAGCUGAACGGGGUGCCUUGCAAGGGUGGCUCGGCGGUCGGUUUACCAUCAGAUGCCGCUAAAUUGUAUGGCGGGUUCCAGCUUGUACCGGCGACGGACGGGCAGUUCGCGUUUCUGAUUCCUAACGCUGCCUUCGCAACCAAUGGACCAGUUAUCCCAGUGUACGCCAACAAUGUCAGCACAGCGAUUCCAGCGGCGGUUUCCCCUGGAGCCCCCUCAGUGACCGCCGACUCAGUGUGGAGGCCGUGGUAGAGUGAGGCUUUGCUCAAAUGACUCUGAAAAGGACGGU